GGGUUUUGUAUGCCGGUUUGAUGUUGACUAGAGAAGGACCAAAAGUGUUGGAAUUCAAUUGCCGUUUUGGUGAUCCAGAAACUGAAGUCAUUUUGCCCCUGCUUAAAUCUGAUUUGUAUGAUAUUAUGUUAUCAUGUUGCAAUGGAACAUUAAACAAGCAGGAAUUGAAAUGGGAAAGUGGUAUAAGUGCCGUAGGAGUUGUAAUGGCAUCCAGAGGUUACCCCGAAAGUUCAAGUAAAGGGCAAGUCAUAACAGGUACAUGCAUAUACAGUUGGUUGGAUGAGAAAAAAAUGGGGUUUAUUUCAGAACACUUUAUGGUUAAAUUUAUUUCUAGGUCUAUUUUGCAGAUAGGAAAACUAACUUAUAAACAGAGUGGUGUUGAUAUUACUGCUGGUAAUGAUUUAGUUUCACAUAUCAAACCAGCAGCAAAAUCUACUGAUAGAGCAGGUACUAUGGGCAGCUUAGGUGGAUUCGGAGGUCUAUUCGACACCAAACUAGCAGGUUAUAAAGAUCCUCUGCUUGUCUCAGGUACUGACGGUGUCGGUACCAAGUUGAAGAUUGCCCAGGAAAUGGGAAUCCAUGAUACAGUUGGAAUAGAUCUAGUUGCAAUGUGUGUGAAUGAUAUCCUUGCCCAUGGUGCGGAACCUUUAUUUUUCCUAGAUUAUUUCGCAUGUGGAUAUUUGAAUGUUGACAUCGCAAAGCAGGUAGUAACAGGAGUAGCUGAAGGCUGUAGACGAGCUGGCUGUUCAUUGAUCGGGGGUGAAACAGCAGAGAUGCCUGAUAUGUACCCCCUUGGGGAGUAUGAUUUAGCAGGUUUUGCGGUUGGGGCAGUGGAAAGAAACCAACUUAUGCCACACAUUCAGGAUAUUAAAAGUGGUGACAUUGUUAUAGGAUUACCUUCCAGUGGUAUACACAGCAAUGGCUUUAGUUUGGUGAGAAAAGUAUUGAAGAUAUCUGGAGCUACUUACAAGACGAUUGCCCCAUUCAGCAAACAUAACAGAACAAUUGGAAAUGAACUUCUCACACCAACAAAAAUUUAUGUGAAAGAUGUAAUACCAGCUAUAAAAACGGGUAAAGUGAAAGCAUUCGCCCACAUUACUGGAGGUGGUUUGGUAGAAAAUAUUCCAAGAAUUCUACCAGGUGAUGUAGCAGUUGAGCUGGAUGCAUCAAAAUGGAAUAUACCUGACGUUUUUCCUUGGUUAGCGACUGCUGGUGGGGUUAAUGAAUUUGAAAUGUUGAGAACUUUCAACUGUGGAGUGGGAGCUGUAAUGAUUGUUGAAAAUAAAAAUCUUGAAGAGAUUCUUCGAAUGGUUGAGCCAUGUGGGGCUUCGGUUAUUGGAAGAAUAAUGAAGAAAGAAGGAGAUUCAGAACAGGUCAUAAUAAAACAUUUUACUGAGAUAAUGGAGAUAGCUAUGAGAGCUUAUGUACCAAGUAUAGUAAGCAUUUGUGGAGCACCCAAAAAGAAAGUAGCAGUUCUGAUAUCUGGAAGUGGAACAAACCUUCAAGCACUCAUCGAUGCAACUCAAGAUCCCACUCAACAUAUGGGAUGUGAAAUUGUACUUGUUCUUUCGAACAAACCUGGCGUACAAGGGCUAAAAAGGGCAGAGGUGGCAAAUAUUCCUACAAAG